GGAAUUUCAGCCCUUAGGAUCUAAAGUGUUACCUACUUUUAGUAGUUUCAAUGAUAGGCAAUAUCUAUAUCUACUUAAGACCAUUCCUGGGCAUUCGUAAGUGAAAGGGAGUUCUAUCAAUUAUUUUAGGAGCACUGCCUGAAAACAGCUAUUGGUAUAAUGCCAGAUUUUUCCCAAUUGCGAGAUGUACAUACUCGCCAAAAAGAGCUUUUUGAAGGAUCACACUCCAGUAAACUAUUUUUGAAUAGAAAUGAAUUACCACCGGAUGUUUACUAUGCCAAAGAGAUACAUUUAUAUAAGAAAUGGCAACAGCGUGAAACAUGUAACUAUACCGUCGGACGGGCAAGCGGCCACAUCAACAAUUUUAAAUGUGGAUCCAUUCAAUCGGUACCAUUUACCUCGCUAAGGAAGAAACGCCAAACAAAAAUAACACACCAAAAGAAAGGUAGGAAAAAAAUAGUCACGACGGAUUUAAGAAGAUCAGCCAAGAUGGAAAUUAUACAACAGUCAUUCACAUCUUCCGGCAUAGUUACACCUAGGAUCGAUACAGCUAACUCAUCUCAAAUGUUUGCUUUUCCUACACAGGUUCGGAUACGUUAUAGAGACAACAAAAGACGCCACGCACAUGAGCAACGAAGGCCACCAAAAAUACAGAUUCAAAGUCCUUAUUAUUAUAAGGUUAGCCAAACUGAUAAUCACCGCCAGAAAGUUCCAGAAACCAAUAGUACACCCUACGCGAAAACAGUGUUGGUAUACUCCGUGUUUAACCAAAAGUCUACUAAAAGGGAGCCACGCAAUACUGUAGGAUCAAACGCGUCUUUUAACAUAAAAUUUUACCGAAGUAUGGGUAACGGACGUCAAAUGUACGGUAAUAAUGCUCCGUAUGUCCCUAUACCAAGAAAUUACUCUCCUACAAAUAUGGCAAGAAUGGGACGUGAUGAAGAUGGUUGUAUUUGUAUGCAUAUUCCGCAGCAACCUCGUUGUGGAGGUUUCAAUAUGGGCAAUUAUGAAGGCGGUAGUUGUUUGAAAAGAUACUUUCGUGUAUUGCUGAAAGAAAAGAAAAGAUGUCUAUGUGGUAAAAUGCGUUCAAAACCCAAACCAUGUUCUUACGACAGUUGUAGUGCUAACUAUAUCCCGCCACCACCCCAAAUGGAUUAUCAGUGCAGGUAUAAUAACGCCAGUACCAAUUUUCAUGGCAAUGAUGUAUCAUGUCAAUGCAGGUGUAAGGAAAGGCGAGAGCAAAGACCAGACAGAGACAUUUUUUGUAAAGAUAUAGGAAUCACUUGUUGUGUUCCCAAGUGUCCCGGAGUACAAAGUAAUAACAGCAACCCUAUCCCUAUAAACACUGCAAACGUCCCAAAUCACCAAACAACAGUAGGGCCUGACAAGGACGCUGUUAACAUUGGAUCAAACUUUAGUUUUCAAGUGGGUGUUUACAAAAGAUGUCUCGAUAACAGACCUGCGCCUUAUGGUAACACAAAUUAUAAUAAUUACAUGCCGGCCAGAUAUCUCGAUAUUAACCAACCUGCGCCCUUCAGUAACCCGUAUUAUCCUUUUAAUAAUAAUAUGCCAGGUUAUGAUCCAAAUAGCCAAUAUAUGCAAAACGUGCAACCGGGCACAGAUUGUAGCUGUAGUUGUAGCGACGCUUCUGCGUGCCGUGAACCCAAGUCAGGGUCAGCCUUCAGUGUUCUGCUCAGGAGUCGUGAACCUUCACCAUGUAAUUCUAACGAUAAAGCAUCGAAGUCGUCAUUGACAUCAUGGAGUCAGUUCAUUAAAUCGCAAUUCGAAAGAAAUGAUUUAUGUUGUAAUAAUCUCCCUAAAAAAUAUUGUAAGCCUAAAAAGACCAAAGCUGUACGCUGCCGCUGUGACAAAAAACCAAAAUUAAUAGGAUGUACCGAUCAAAACAGUGUAGGCAUUCUUUGUUCUCAAAGCACGUCAAGCCAAUCCGCAUCUACUUGUACAGGUCAAAGAUCCAAUAAAAUAAAAAACAUUGGUUGUAAUUGUCUUAAUGUACCUGAUGGUAUUCUUGCUCCUUGCGUGAAGCAAAAGAAAAUCUGUUGUCAAUGUGAUAUACCUAAUUCCUCAGGGAAAAAAGGUCUCAAAUGUUUUGGAAAAAGAAAUCGUAAAUGUAAGCGUACUAAAAGUUGCGAAUGUUGUCCUAAAGAAAAAAAGACAAAAUGUUGUAAUGAAGACGAGUGCGAAAGUAAAACUACUAAAAGAAAAAAAUGUGGUUGUAAGAAAGACCCAACAUUUUUUAAGAUCCUGCGAGUGAUUGGUAAAUUAUUGCAAAAAGAAAGUGAAGGUGGUUGCUGUCGCUGUAAAUCCUCUAAAAAAAGUUGUUGUUGCGACAGAACUUCUGGAACUGCAUUCAAUUUGGAUAAAGUUCCACGAAUAAGUAUGCUUUUACAAAAAAUUGGUAAUAAAUGUAUAAAAGAGAGCGAUUGUAAAUGUUCCAAUAAGAGCGGAGAAUUUGAUUAUCAAAAAGUGCUGGAUAGUAUAAAGUUGAGUGAGCAAGCCAAAUCGCAACGAUGUUUAUGUGGCGAUACUAUGAUAAAAAAGAUUUUUAGCUCUCAAUUGCUGCAGGUGACUAAAGCGCAACAGUGUGGUUGCAAGGACGGGUCCAUGAAAAAAAAGUUUGGCAGAUUGUUAUUAUAUAAUACCGUACAGCCAAAACCAAUAUGCUGUACAAGUGUGUCGUACGAUCAAAAUUCAAGAAGCAUAGGAACCGGGGAAGACGAUUACCGUAAAGUGCCGCCUUGUCGUCGCCCUCGAGUUCAGGACGGAAGCCAGGGAGAUGGAUUCGCUUUGAAAAAGCUUGUAUCAAAAUUAAUAAAACCAGAAAAAUGUUGUACUAGAAUGCAUUACAGUGCUUUUAAUCCUCAGAAUCAAUGCGAAGCGGGUGUCCAGCACAUCGGAAGGAUCGGACCAGGUGAAAGAGCAGGAAAAGAAACAAUCUGUAGAGAACAAGGUGUCGAGUGUCCCGGAUCUAAACCAACUAGGAAAGACUGUGAAAAUGCAGCAAAUGCUUGCUCGCAGCAAGAUAAUGACCGAAGAGCGGUGCGUCUUGGAUCGAGUUGUAGCUUUUGCCUUGAGUUUUACAAAGGUGCACCUCCGCCAAAGAAUGCUCCACCAUGUCAACUCACAGGGUCCACACAAGGGCCUCCUUGUGCCGCGACAACUACGAGCUGCGCCGGUCCAGAGGGAGAUAUCGUCUGCUGUCCAAAAAAGACACCGUGCCCAUCGCGACAACCUAUUAUCAAAAAGGCAUUAUCACAUUUAAUAUUGACUCAGAAAAAGCCCACGAGUAAAUUUACUACAACCUGUCAAAAAUGUAAGAAGUGCGUAAGGGUUCCUCUAAUCAAAAAAGGUUUUGCCCAAUUAAUCUUAAGGGACAAAAAACCAGUUACAGCUCCUAAAACUUGCCAAAGAACGAACACCCUCCAGCCGACUCGUAGACUUGUAGUGCAUAAACCUGGCGCCGGAGGCAAGGGGGGACGUCUUGGCAAAAGUCGUAAUUGUGACCCUUAUGUAUGUUUAAAAAAAAUUAAUCAACGUAAAUGUUGUAAUGCAAGAUGAACACAAAGUAGUCUUAUGACUUGUACAAACUUGUAUAACUUUUAGUAUCACUUGCAUAUUCAUAUGUAUGCUUAGGUGCUAAUAGUGUGUCUGUCUGUACAGAGUCUAAAAAUAUUUGUUUAUAAUGAGUAAAUGAAGAUAUGUGACAGAUUAACCAAUAAAAUAGUGGCUCUUGGCAGUUACGGCUGCAUAACUACUGAUACAGGUGUCACUCACACAAUAAAAACUUUCGUUCAUUCCAUUCGUGACAACUUUCAUGAAUCAUGAC